AUGAUGAGCCGCCUCGGAGCCGCCUGCGUUUGCCUCCUCUUAUACUCAUCAUCAGGCUUUGCACCUGCCGUUCCGGACCACAAUACGGCGGUUCGGUUGAGCGCCAAGGCUGACGCCAGCAGGUCGGGUGGCGCGGCCCGCUUCUUUGGGAUAGUAACUGCCUCCGUAGUUUCGUUCCAUGCCACCAACGCAUUGGCGGCCCCCGCAAAUGAUCCGAGCUUACUGCAUUUCUCGUCUUCUAUUCAGAUUGCCGACAGUGUCCGCAUCAUGGAUAUGUCUCUGCCAUCGUACGGAGACCUGAAAGAUGCGAAGGCGAGUGUGGCAAAUGUUGAAGGACUUACUCUCCCUGACACGCCACGGGCGGGAAGCAGUUAUGCAGCUUCGCAAAAGGCGGCGCCCAGCACUAGUCCGAUGAGUUCUGUUUUGCCAUCGAUGGGAAAGUCGGCGAAAAAGGAAAAGGCACCCAGGAUAGAUCAGCCGGCGGAAGCAAAAGACAUUAUGCCCAACGUCAAAACCAUGGAUUCGUCCAUGCCCAAGUACAACUUUUAG